GCGUAACAAAGCAAACUCUCCUUUGAACUUCCUUGCUGGCAAAAUCCGAGCAGGCCAUGGCAGAACCAACAGCACAACCGCCCCCAGCGGCACCUGCAGCAGAAGAGGAGAAGGGCCCGUCCAAGCGCGCGCUCGAGAAGGCCGCAAAGAAAGCUGCCGCCAAAGCAAAGAAGGCAGAGCAUGCUCUCCGGCCGAAGGAGCAGGCAAAGCCCGCCACCAAAGCUGAGCCCGCGAGCGUCUUUGCUGAGGGCUGGCUGAAGCGCGUGUAUGAAGAGAAACCUGCCAAGGACGUGUACACGCGAUUUCCACCCGAACCCAACGGUUACCUGCACAUCGGUCACUGCAAGGCCAUCGCCGUGAACUUCGGAUUCGCGAAGCAUCACCGGGGACAGUGCUACCUGCGCUACGACGAUACGAACCCCGAGAAAGAAGAAGAAAAAUACUUCACGAGCAUCUUGGAUAUCAUCAAGUGGCUGGGCUUCGAGCCAUGGAAAGUCACGUACAGCAGCGACAACUUCGACAAGUUGUAUGAGCUGGCCGAGGAGCUGAUCAAGAAGGAUGGCGCAUACGUGUGCCACUGCUCGAGGGAGGAGGUCAACAUGCAGCGCGGUGGCCCUGACAACCGCGGCAAGCGCUACGCCUGCGAGCACCGCACAAGGCCCAUCGAAGAGUCCAUCGCCGAGUUCCGUGCCAUGCGCGACGGCAAGUACAAGGCGGGUGAGGCAUAUCUGCGUAUGAAGCAGAGCCUGACGGACCCUAACGAGGGUAACCCUCAGAUGUGGGACCUGCCCGCAUACCGCGUCGUCGAGAAGAAUCACCACCACAGGACGGGCGACCGAUGGAAGAUCUACCCCACCUACGACUUUACACACUGCAUCUGUGAUGCGCUUGAGGGUAUCACCCAUUCUAUGUGCACGGUCGAGUUCCGCCAGAGCCGAAUCUCGUACGACUGGCUGCUGGAACAGCUCGGUAUGAAGGUGCCCAAGUCGGAGGAGCAGGGGCCGAUGCAGAGGGAGUACGGACGUUUGAGCGUCAACGGUACUAUCUUGUCGAAGCGCCGUAUUCUCAUGCUCGUCGAGGGGGCCAAGGUUGGUGACAGAGAGAUCCCGCCGUCAGUCCGCGGCUGGGACGACCCUCGUCUGUACACCAUGGUUGCUCUGCGCCGUCGCGGUAUCCCUGCAAAGGCUAUGCUCAGCUUUGUCGACGAGCUCGGCGUCACAGACUCGUAUACCGACAUCGAAGCGCCUCGCUUUGAGGCCUCAAUCCGAAAGCACCUCGAGCGCACUGUGCCGCGCCAGAUGAUGGUGCUCAACCCUGUCAAGGUUGUGAUCGAAGACUUCGCGGCCGAGGACGAGCAGGAAAUCACUGUUCCAUACGAUCCCAAGGGUGGCAUUCCCGGCGAACGCAAAGUCAAGGUUGGUAGCUCGCUCUACAUCGACCGCAGCGAUUUCCGCGAGGAGGAUGAUCCAGACUACUUCCGUCUCGCGCCCAACAAGGCCGUAGGCCUGUACAACGUCCCCUUCGCCAUCCGCGCGACGUCUUUCUCCAAGGAUGCUAGCGGUACAGUCACAGAAAUCAAGGCCGUCAAGGUGCCUUCAAGCGAGAAGCCCAAAGCGUACAUCCAGUGGGUCGACGCGACAACGGGCAUCAAGGUUACCGCGCGCCAGUACAAUUCCCUUUUCAAGACCGAGUCGCCCAAUACGCUGAACUGGAAGGAUGGCAGCUGGGCUGACGACCUGCGCCCGGACUCAGAAGUUAUUUUCAACGAUGCGGUUAUCGAACGCGGCCUCAACGACCUUAUCAAGCAGAACAGCCUCAACCCCAGCGAUUCCAGUGACGCACUCGUCCGGUUCCAGGCGCUUCGCACAGCGUAUUUCUGCGUUGAUGUGGAGAGUACUGAGGAUAAAAUUGUGCUUAACCAGAUUGUAAGCUUGAGGGAGGACAAGGGGAAAUAGAGUGGAUAAUUGGC